GGGGGCGGGUAGGCGGGGCUAGUAUAUGAUGACAUGAACUGACAGCCUUCAAAUAAACAUUCGAGUCGUUUUCAAGAAGAAAAACAAGUAUACGAAAAUGGUCCUCCAUCAGCCUGAAAACAAACACGUACUUAAGGCAUUUGACUUGAGCGGCAAGGUUGCUGCUAUUACGGGCGGCGCUCGUGGUAUCGGCCUUGAAGUUUCAAAAGCACUAGCAGAAGCCGGUGCCGAUGUCGCUCUAAUCUACAACUCAUCCAAAGCGGCCGCCGACACCGCCUCAUCAAUCGCAUCCGAGAACAACGUCAAAGCAGCCGCAUACAAAACCGACGUCGGUGACCAAGAGGAUAUCGAAAAAGCAAUCCAACAAAUCGCCACAGACUUCGGAAAACUAGACAUCAUCGUCGUAAACUCGGGGAUCACAUCCAGCAUCGCGGCGGAGGAUUAUACCACGGAACAAUGGAGGGAAAUCAUGAAGAUUAACCUUGACGGGGCUUUUUAUACCGCGCAGGCUGCGGCGCGGAUCUUCAAGAAGCAGGGAUAUGGGAAUGUCAUAUUCACGGCGUCUGUUAGUGCGACGUUGGUGAAUGUUCCGCAGAAGCAGGCUGCGUAUAAUGCAUCGAAGGCUGGUGUUGUGCAGAUGGCUAAGUGUUUGUCUGUUGAAUGGGUGGACUUUUGCCGAGUUAAUUGCAUCUCGCCUGGUUUUAUUGCGACGGAUAUUCUUGAUAUUCAUCCCCAGGAGUGGAAGGAGAAGUGGUUUGAUAUGAUUCCGGCAAAACGGAUGGCGCAGUCUUAUGAAUUGAAAGGGGUAUGCAUCCCUCGUUGGUUAUGGACAAUUGCUGAUUGCUAUAGGCUUAUGUGUUUUGUGCAUCCGAUGCAUCGAGCUAUAUGACCGGCGCGGAUCUUGUUAUUGAUGGUGGAUACACACUGCCGUAGUAGUAUUCGAAUUAUGAAAUUGUGUAAUCACGCAUAUCAUUCUAAACCUGGCAAUUGAUUCAUAAAAUCCAUAAUCGUCGAUUCUUGUAGGAUAGAAUCCACCCCAUCAAGCUGCGCCAUCUCCAACGUCGGCCACAUCAACGGAUACAAACUCGCCAACUGAGUCUGCGGCGACUCCUCCGUGGGCCGUCCCCACCCAUCCAUACUCGGAUCAAGAUACGUCCCACACAGCGAACGAAUAACACCCAGACAUCGAAGAGCCGUAGGAUUAAGCCGUCCCAUUGACUCGAGGACAGGCAUCGCUCUGAAUAUCUGGUCCCGCC